UUUAAGAAAAUAAUGUUUUUACUACUUAAUAGACGACAUUGAACAACAGAGACAAAAUCUAUAUUUUUAUGUAUUAACAGCUGUACUGUAUGUUUUUCAACUUCUAACGUCUUCAAAAAGAAAACAAAUAUUUGGUGUCUUUGUUAUAUUAUUAUUGUUAUCAAUAUUAACUUUUGAAUUUUUUGGCCGCAUUUUGACCUUUGACAUUUUGUCCUUCGCCAUCUUGGUCUUUUUAAACCAGAAGAAUCUAGGUUUGCCGAGAGAGCUCAACGAAGUGCUAAUUAAGAAAACAUGCGAAACUAAAAAAAUACAUGCAAAUUAAGAAAACAACUUCGUUACUUUGAAGACAAAUGCGGAGCAAAAAGUCACAACACUCAGCUGCAAAAAGUCGUAAGACUCAUUAAUUGGAUGAGCAGGGGGAGGAGCCUAACUGUGAGCUCACCUACACCAUUGAACUACUAACUGUCAAUCACACUAUAUCUAGGCCCCAAUGCAUACAGUGCUUAUAUAUGACUCUAACACCUGAACCUCAUAUUACAAGAUGACGCUGUAUUAAAGAAGAGAAUAGGGAUCAAUGAUCAAAUCAAGGAACAAGUAAUUUUCUCAUAUUCUUCUAUGGAAACAACCAGUAGAGUCGCCCCCUGUCGGCCAUUCAAGAGAAAACAGGUUUCAGGCACUUCCACUUUGGCAUCUCUCUCUGGACCCAGAGUGUACUUCAACUUUCAUAAAUCGUCUGUGUGUUGUUUAAGGUUUAUUUUUGGGACGAAAGCGUGAACUAUUAGUCAAUUGUAAAUGGCCAGCAGGUGUUAGUGUCACAUGUCGCAGUUUCUCAUGGAUUAAUCAGACAAUCAUGUAAAAAUGAGUAGCGAUUUUUAAAACAGAAGUAUUGUUUAAAAAAAGUUUAGAUUAGCUCAGAUCUACUUCGCAUUAAGAAAUGAUGUAAGGAUAUAUGAAUUAAUUUAGCCGUCCUGUGCUGUGUGAACUAUGAACCAUGUUGUAAGAGAACUCUACCUUGAGUACUUGGCUUUCUUUUGUCUUUGUAUAUAUGAAAUUAUUCUCCGAACAAAAUGCCAGUACUAGACCUGAACUUAAUGAGUUUACAAAUUAACUAAAUGUAUUUUCCUUUUACACUAAACGUUACAAUUUUCAUUUUAUAUCGAACUAACCAUGCGUCAUUCAGGGAAACUAACGGCUGAAUAAAAGGAGCUUUGUUGGGAAAGUUAGCCGGCAUUCGUAUUCGAUAAGAAAAUGAGUUACUGUGCAGAUAAGUCAACAGGUAUGAAGCCUACGCCUUAAAGGCAAUAUUUACUUAUGGUGUUGCGCUUCUAGUGCUGAGAGAGCGCAAGGCCAAACACAAAAAGCUGCCAACCGAGCACGUCUGGUCUGCUCAAGAAGAGAUGAGAGAAUAUUUAGCAGGAAUGGCUUGACUGGACCUUUAACUUCAACUACAGGAUCGAAUAGUGUGUCGAGAGGUUCUGUCGGCAGCCAUGAGCGUCCUCGGGAAGAUCAUCUUCUACAGCAUGAUAGCCCUCAUCAUCACAUUCUUGGCCAUCAUCAUCCUCUUCCUCUCCUUUGCCUUCUCAAGUUUGUCUGCUGUGCUGAGCAGCAACACGGCGCCCAUCGCAAACCUGGGCCAGGACACGCUCCUCAGCUGCUACCUUCUCACACAGACUGUCACAAAGGUGUCGGUCACCUGGGAGAAGAAGGGUCUAAGUGGAGUGGUUUACAAGUACAACAACGGAGCUGCCAGCCUGCAGGACCAGAGCUCACAGUUCAAGGGGAGAACUCAGCUGUUCUCUGAAGCUUUGGCUACAGGGAACGCUUCCCUACUGUUGAGGAACGUGAAGCAAAGCGACGAGGGCGAGUACACGUGCAGCAUCAGCUCCACUAAGAGCGGAGGCACAGUCAACAUUCAUCUCCGGACAGCAGCCUUCACUGCCCCCACAUUCACACUUUCCAACAGUGUGCUGACGGCUCAUGCCAGCAGGUGGUUCCCUAAACCUAACGUGACAUGGUUGAACCUGGAUGAGGAAGUCCUGCGUGGAAACACCACCUUCUCAGCGAGCCCCAACAAAAUAUACAGUGUUACGAGCACACUGCCAGUCAACAUCACUGACACCUACAUCUGCAGGAUUGAAAACAACCUUGUGUCCUCUGUCUCUACAGCAACGGUGACAGGUUCUGCUGUAUCAGAGGACUCGUACUUCACCUUCAGUGCUGCUUCGUCCCUGCUGGUGUCAGUUCACCUGAGUAUCACCACCACCGGCAUCCUCUGCAUCUACAACCUGACCUAAUUAUGCACACGCAGACAUACAGAUGGUGACAAAUUUUAGGAAAAACAAAAAUUUUCUUUCUGAAACUGUAAAAGUGACCAACAGAAAUCGAGCAUUUGCCGGACUCAGUCGACAGAACCUGAAGUAAAGAGCUGUUCACCUGUUUAUUCAAAGCGUGGUGACGCUCGACUUAGUACACAAACUUAUAAUGCACAACGACACUUACUUUGAGUUCCAGUCGCUGCUGCUACAGAGCACUGAUCGCAUGUUUAUUCAAAGUUUAUUCAAAUUGGAUAUAUCAUGAGUCCAAAUCGCACCAAAUUCAAUUUAACACUUACUUAACAACCUUAACCUUAACAAUUUACAUGACAUGUGUGAAGCUGUGUGAACGGUUGGCGAGAGGAGAUCUAUUUUUAUAUCAAGGUGUGUUGAAGCUGUUAUGAGGCCACCUGGUGGUAACUUACUUAUGUUGUUUUUUCCUUUAAUUUGUCCCCUGUCUGAACAUGAGAUAAAUAUUCAAUAUUCACUCAAACAUCCCAACCAGGUUGUAUAUAUAUGUUUGCAGAAGAACAUAUUAUUUGAGGGUGAUGCUUAGAGCUGAAAUCAUUUGCCAAGCAAAUUAAAAUUCUAUGAAAAGAUUAAUACAUGAUUAAAAUGAGGAAAAAUGUAAUUAUGGAAGCAAAACUUGGAAGCUGAAAACUGAAGCGAAUUGGACUCAAGAAAACAGCUGAUGUGCAGAAUCAAAACUUGGGAGAAGAGAAGAAAGCUGGAAUAAAUGCAGAGACGGAUGAAAAAACAACUGAAGAAAAACGUGGAAGCCGAGAGAUGGAGGAUUAACUGAGAUGAUGCUGAAAACGGCUGAAAUACAGAACAAAAACUUGGUCGGUGAAAGCUGAAGGAAAGACUGAAGCAAUGCUUAAACUAAAAAUCCACUAAUUAAAACAAGUUUAAAUUUAAAAAUAAAAAUAAAAUGAAGAAAUCAGAACUCAGAAGCUGAGACAUGAAGGAUUACGACAUGUUAAAGCAAAACUUGAAGCUGAAAGUGAACUGAAAGACUUAAAUACUGCAUUGACUGACUUCAUGUUAAUUCCUUGUAUAAUUUAUUAUUGUAUUAAUAUAUUUGUUGUUCACCACCUUAUGCUACCAAUGUUACAACUGCUACCUGGGCACAAACAGGAAUUGAUGUGUUUGUUAAAAAAAGAAAACCACCGUAGAAAAGGAUUCAUUUCUCAGUCGGUGGUAAAACAACAGGCCACAGAAAAAAAACCUGGAAAAGUUUAACUUUAAAAGUUCGAAGCCACAUUUUUUAAAAGCAGCAGGAAUUGUAUUUGUCAAGAGGCUGAAAUCAGAAACAUAUUUUUCACCAAUAAACACAUUUUGUAUUCCA